AUGGAUAUGUGGAACAAAUCCGCCCAGGCCACAACUGAAAUGAUCCUCUCCUCAGAAGGCUCGCCAAGUCUCUCCUCUCCGUCAUCACAGUCGACCCAUUCCGGAAACGAAAAGUCUUGUGUCCAUCGAGAAGCAUCUGCAUCUCUGCUGAGAGAAUGCCAGUGCUAUGCCGACCAUCACGUCCCUAAGCAGCCAUGCACCUUGCUCCAGAACGGAAGAGAGCAUAAGCCUUUGUAUCAGACCCAAGACGGGCUUCGAACUGGACAAACUGCUCUGAUCGAGAAUGGUGAUAGUUUCAGAAACGUGCUCCCCCGUCCUGUCCACCCCGUUGAGCACUAUCCGCAUGAUCAGCUAGAUGCGUCCUGUGUGGAACCUGCCCUCAUGCCAACAAAGACCACGCACAAGAAGCUCUUCGGUGAGAACGGCUGGCUUGGAUGCACUGCCGACAUGAAGGAUUUGUCGAGGGACACUCACAAGUUCAGAGGCUUGAGAGGUCUGGGCAGGAAGGUUAUCAAGCAAGUGGAAGAACUCGUAAGUGACCUUCUUAUCUCAUUUCACAGUAUAGACAUGCUGAUAUUGAUAUUUCAGGCCGAGGAUGUGGCCAGGGCUCACCCAAACCCCAUUAUCCAUGCCACCCUUCGCCCAAGGCUUGUCCCCGAAUCAACCAUUCCCAUCUCGCUAGAUCCUCCGACACAGGCCAAGCUAUACUCAGAAAUGGAGGUCAUGCUCUGUGUCAGCGCCAAUAAGUUCCUUCUCGGACAAUACAAUGAGGGCCGUCUGUCUGAAGAGUCGAUUCGCAAGGUCACCAACUACUGGGGAUCGAAAAACCGGCCUCAGGUCAUUGAGUUCCAGUUCGACCAGGCCACCCAGCGCCGGCUGAUUCUGGCAAAUGUCCGAACUCUGCGCUUCAGCGGCGAAUGUUCAUCUAAUCUAGUUCUCCUCAAGUCGAACUUGAAUAAUUGGAAGGCACUCAGUAAGGAGAUGGGCGUUCGCACGUUCUGUUUCCCCGAUAGCGCUGUUCGCAAGCACAUGCAUGACAUUCAUAAAUUGCUGGAUAUGCUGGACGCACCCCUUACCACCUACCUCACGUUCGAAGAGCUCCAGAUGAGCAUACUUUCCUUGAUGAAGUCUCAUCUCGAGAAGCUUUGCCAGGUCGAUGGUAGCCAUGAGAAGUCGCAUCUCCCCUGUCGAAAGUACGAUGGACAUCAUUUUUAA